AUGAAACUGCCCAAGGGGUCCAGGAACUCUGUGUUCUAUGGGCAGCACCCAGAGAAGAAGGUGCAGGUGCCCUCAUGGAAAGAGGUGAAGCAGACCCCUGUGAUCAUGGCGAUGAUCAAAGGUCCGGGGCCUGCCAAGUACUUGCGGCCAUCCUGCACAGGCUACCUAGGCCAUGACAGCUCCAUGUUCCAGGAGCCAGCCUGCACUCUGCACACUCAGCAUUCAGAGAAGCGGAUAAUGGACAUAUGCAACCCUGGGCCUUGCUAUUUCCUGAAUCCUAAAAUAACUCGGGUUGGACUGUCCAGCUGCCCGCAGAUCCCCAUGGCGGAACGCAUCUCUAACCUGUGCCUGAGCUCCACCCCAGCCUCCUGCCACUACUGCUUGGAGAAGACCCACCCUCCUGGAGAACGCAGGGCUCCGCAGUACACUUUCGGCUACCGGUGCCCAUACAGAGUAAUGGACCCCAACCCGGCCCCCAACCACUACCAGCUGCCACUCUUGCUGGGGCCCAACAUCCCCAUCAACCGAGCUGCUCCUUGCUAUAGUUUGGCCUCCACAGACAACAACUGGUUCUACAAGAAGAACGUGGCAGGAGGUCCUGGGCCAGCCAUGCACACCCGCCCUGAGCCAUCUGUCUACCAGAACCGCAGCCCCAUCUGCAGCAUGGCCAAGCGCUUUGCCUGCCCAAUGGACGAUACACCUCAGCCUGGACCGGGUUCCCAUGAUGUCCAGCUGGUUACAGUACACAAGCUCCGCACACCUGCUUUCACCAUGGGUGUCAAACACUCACCCUACCUGUGCCCGCUGGUCAUUGACAUUCAUAACUGAGGGCCCUCCUCGUGUACUCACUCACUCCUCCCCACAGAAGAUAUUUUCUAUAUCAAAAUGAGCAACUUACCAAGGUUUUGAGUAGCAGAGCUGGUGCCUGCUGUGUUUAGCACACAGAAAGUAUUAGAUAAAUAUUUUUAUUUUUUUAUUUCUUCAUUUUGUAAAUGUUCAUGACUGCUUCCUUUGGGCCCUGCCCUGGAUGAGGAGUGGGGAUACUGGGAGGCAUUACAGGUCAAUGUCUUGGAGAAGUUCUGUUCUGGCUCACUAGGGGAGGCCACAUGUUCUCAAGAAGCCUUGGGCAGAGGUUCCAGAGAGCUGAGUUCUAGUUCUAACUUUGCCACUAACGUGCUGUGUGGUCUUGUGCUGCUCCCGCCCAUCUCUGGGCCUUGGGAUUGCAUUUUGUGCAGUGAGGGUGGGGGAAGACCUGGAGGAUGAUCCAGUUUUCUCUAGGUCCAGAACUGUGUGACUCUGAAUCCUGACAGUGCUCAGUACCUUAGAGGGGAGAAGAGAAAAUGGGUGGGGAUAGAGGAUGGAGGGGUCACUCUGGUUGGGAAAGGGGGAGAGGUGAGUUUUCCUGGGGGAAGGACUCAGGAGAACAAGCAGAGACAGUGUAUAGAAGGAAGGGUAUUCCUGGUGGUGGUAAAGAUAAGAGCAAAGGCAAGUGGAUGGGACCAAAGGGUGCAGGGCAGGGAGUUGGGGAGGCUCAGAGGGCCCGAGCCCAGGCUGCAGGAGGCUGGCUGGUAAUGGGACCAGAUGGUAGUCAGCUUGGAGUGGACUCAGGCUUUGCCCACUGGGCAGUAGAUAAGAUGUAGUAUUUUCAGAAUUCUUUGGGCAGAGAGAGAAG